AUGGCGAGACAGGUCCAACGCCUUGCCGUGACGCCGCCGUCCGAGGAUUCUGACAACGUCAACUCAACUUCGCGUUACACAAAUCGGUUGUCGUCGUCUUCAAGUCACCAGUCUGCCGCAGACGCCCCGCCCCGCGCCCACCGCGCUUGCGAAAAAUGCACCCGAACCAAGAAGAAGUGCGACAAAGGUCUGCCCGCUUGCUCUAGAUGCACCAGACUCACCACCAACUGCUGCUACGACUUUGUCGUCAACCCGCCAUCCCUGACCAUUGUUGAUUCGCAGGGCGCCGCUGGCAAUGCCUCUUCUUCUUCCAACGGCGACGCGCGGCCUGCCUUUGACUGGCUCAACCAGGUUGAUUUCACUGCUGGUCAGAUAAUGCAGCUUUUGAACGGUAACGGAAUCGACUGGAAAGCUUCGAUCAACACCUAUUUCAACACCGUCAACACCUGGCUCCUCGUGAUCCACCCGGAGGUCUGGCAAAUACGUUGUGCCGCGGCUCAGCUUGACAGCAACCCCAACGAUUCUGAUUUGGCGUUGGUUGUAUUGUGCAUCCAUCUCUUAACUAUCUGGAACUGCGACGAGUUCUCGUCCACCGCUAUGCUUCAUCAUCCGCUCUACCAGUCGGCCAAGCGUAUAUGGACAUUGAGGAAAGCCUUUUCGAAACCUAAAAUCGAGCACGUUCAGUGUGGUGUUCUGUUAUCAUUGUACGAGUUGGGGCACGGCGACAUCACUCGUUGCUAUCGUACAUUCGGCGAGGCGGCCUCCAUCGGCAAGGUGUUGAAUCUGAGACCGGGUAAAUAUGUGGAAGAAGAAGAGGACCUGGCUGCUGAGCCCGAAGAAGAACAAAAUCGAGCUCUGUGGAUCUCCCAUGAGCAAUCCGCAACACUUUGGACACCGCUCCAGAUGGACAUGCCCUCCGAUGACGACCUUCUGCCAACGGAGCACAUCCUUUGGGACAAUGACAGAAACGGGCCUGUUAAGAUGAUCAAGCGGUACCCUACCACAAUCCCAGCAUCGGUGCGCGUCGGCGCUUUUCAGAGGUCUUGCCAGGCCGCCAUUCUUCUCGGUUACGCCGUUAACUGGGAGGCGGCAAAUGCUGAGAUCGAAGAGCCUCCGACUGUCUACUCGUUUGUUCAGCUUGAGUCCGCCACGAGAGAUCUGAUUGAGGCUCUUAUCACCCGAUCCGAGACUUGGAGUGAGAACCUCAACACUUAUGCUCUUUGCGCUAGCUUGUUCUGCCUCCUUUUCUACUCUUUCCUGUAUACUGCCAAUAGACCAGGGAUGCCUGCCCGUGAUCCAGAGACAGAUAUGGAAAUGAAGAAGGCAGUUGCCGGUAUCAAAUUCACGAUUGGUCUCGUGCUUGAUGGCUCCAAUGGCAUCUUCAACGCCUAUUCCAACCGCGAUGACGUCUUGGAACACUGCGCUGCGGUUUGGCCAUACGCUCUCUUUCAUACGAUGCAACUUCUGUUUCACUACGACUCUCUCAUAGAAGGCGCAGACUCCCUCAUGGCGGAAGUUAGACAGAACGUUGAGAGCACAGCUAAAAGAUGGGCCUGUUCUCGAUGGCUUUUGGAAGAGUUCGAUAGGGUCCACGAAGCGAGGAGCACCGGCGUCAAAAUGUGCAAAAAGUGA